AUGCAGACUGUUCGGGCCAAGCCGUUCACCGCGCAGCGCAAUGCUGUCGUGGCGCGCCGCAGCCGCUCCGUGCGCCUGGCGGUGCAGUGCAAGGCGACCACACCCAAGAAGAUCCUCAUGAUGGGUGGCACGCGCUUCAUCGGUGUGUACCUGGCCCGCCAGCUUGUGGAGGAGGGUCACGAGGUGACCCUCUACACUCGCGGCAAGAAGGCCAUCACCUACAAGAUUGCCGACGACACCGCCGCCGGCUACGACCAGUUUGCCAAGUCUGUGAAGCACAUCGCGGGUGACAGGCAGGACUUUGCUGACGUGGAGGCCAAGCUCAAGGGCCGGGGCUUCCAGGUGGUGUACGACAUCAACGGGCGCGAGGCUGCCGAGUCUGAGCCGCUGAUCAAGGCCCUCAAGCCCUCCCUGGAGCAGUACAUCUACUGCAGCAGUGCCGCGUAUGGCUAG